AUGGAGUUUUCUAACGAUGUGAAUCAAAAUUCGAUGAAUAUUGAUGAAUUUGAGAAUGUCAAAGAAGAGGAAUCUACAUUACCAAUAGCAACUCAUCAAAAUUCACAGGAGGAUGGCAAACUACAUAUCGAGGAUGGUUUAACGCCAGAGCCUUCAAAAGUAAAGCAAGAGGAACCCAAAAGUCCUGAAUCAUCAAGCACUGAAACAGACACAGAAUUACAAAGAUUAGGGUCAACAAUUUCAAAGAAACCAGCAGGUACCGUAACUCGUAAAGGACCGCGAAGGACAAAACCAGGGUCCUCUCUAAACGCGGAUUUUGAAGGUCCUGCUUACUGCCUGUGUAAAGGUCCCGAUGAUGGUAGAUGGAUGUUGGGAUGUGAUGGUUGUGAAGAUUGGUUUCAUGGAGAAUGCGUCAACAUUCCAGAGUCUUACGAUGAACUGACAGUUCAAUAUUUUUGUCCCAGUUGCAUGGCUAGUGGACGUGGUGUUACUGCAUGGAAAAGGAAGUGCAGACUUCGGGAAUGCUCAAAGCCCGCUGAAGUUUCAUCAAAGUAUUGUUGUCAUGAACACGGUGUCCUAUUCAUGCAAUCUAAACUUAAAAACACGACGAUUGAUCCUUCCUCCUUAAAGACAUUGACUAUGGUUGCUGAUAAUUUUGAAGAAUUCCGUAACGUUGGCAACCAGGCCCCUUCUUUACCAGAGACAAUUCUACCAGAAAACGUCUAUGCGUUUGAACGAAGUGAUUUAGAAAGCAUCAAACGCAAUUUAGUGUUGCUAAACGAAAAAAUCCGUUUUACACAAGAAAAAAAGCAUUUCCUUCAGCUUAUAAAGGAUGCUUCACGAAUUCUCGUCCAAGAAUUCAAAGAAAAAGAAGGAUUUAAAAAGGACGUUUGUGGAUUUGACGAUCGUCUUUUAAUAAAUGAUAAGGAUUUAAAAGAUUUAUGGCAUUCCAUAUCCUCGGAAGUUCCUAUUACAGAAGUUAAGCAACUACAAUCUACCUCUGAUUGCGUUUGCUUUCAGGAAAAGCGAAGGUGCUUAAAACAUGGGAAUUGGCAAAUUAUAUUCUCAGAGGACAUAAACCAAGAGGAGAAGGACUUAUUGCAUAAGAUAAAGCAAAUGGAGACUGCAAAACAACGUGUAAUCGAUCAUCAAAGGGAAAGAGCAAUAUUGGAUGUUGAACAUGAAGGCCAUCCAGAAUUUCAUCGUUUUCAGAUAUCAGCGGACAAAAUGGUAGAACUUUUGCGAUGA